CACCAAACCAUGAGGGACUAGUAAAACCCCGGUUCACGCGCUCCUCAUUUCCUCCCCGUCAUUUGAAAUCUCAAUCUCUAAUCUCUUCAGGUUGAAAUCCUCGAUCAGCAGUCUUUCUUGUAGAAAUGAAUGAUUUUGGAUAUACAGUAGAAGUGACUGGCCUGUCUCCCAAAGCUACUGAGAAAGAUGUUUAUGAUUUUUUCGCCUUCUCUGGUGCCAUUGAGCAUGUUGAAAUUGUUAGGUCUGGUGAAUAUGCAAGCACUGCCUAUGUGACAUUCAAAGAUGCUUAUUCUCAGGAGACUGCUAUCUUGCUUACUGGUGCGACACUUCUUGAUCAUCGUAUAUUCAUAUCGCGCUGGGGGCAAUAUGAAGAGGAAUUUGAUUUUACUGGCCCUUCAAGAAGCCAAGAAGAUGAAGCAAGUUCAUGGCAACCUCCACUAAGAAGCCAAUUUGUAUCUCAUGCUGGAGAAGCUGUUUCAUUCGCUCAGGAUGCUGUGAAAGCCAUGUUGGCCAAUGGAUAUGUGUUAGGCAAAGAUGCUUUAAGCAAAGCCCAAGCCUUUGAUGAGUCUCAUCAGGUUUCGGCAACCACUGCAGCUAAAGUUGCUGAACUAAGUGAGAGGAUUGGCCUCACAGAUAAACUUCGUGUGGGUGUUGGUGCUGUUAGAUCUGUGGAUGAGAGAUACCAUGUAUUGGAGAACACUAAAUCAGCCAUUUCUGCUGCAGGAAGAACCGCUGCUGCUGCUGGAAAAACUGUAGUCAGUAGCAGCUAUUUUUCCCAGGGAGCUCUUUGGGUGUCAGAUGCAUUAGAACGGGCAGCUAAAGCAGCAGCUGACUUGGGCAAUCGCGGUGUUCAUCAGUAAUGUUUUGAUAGCAAUACAUACACACAGUUCUUGGUUCUGUGGAUAAGCACCUUCGCAUAUGUACUCAGUUAGCAGUUUGAUGUUUAUAUUCAUUGAAAGUUUGAAAAUAUAUAUGCUUUGUUGGGUAUCAUAUCAAUCGCUAGUGGAUUUGCCAUUACAAUCCACAAACCCCUUGCUAUGUAGUGGGCGACAGGAUGGAUUACGGAGGA